CACAUUUUUUUAUACUCUAUCAGCUGACCUGAAAUCAUAGUCCGUCAUAUGAAGCAGUGAUAACAUCAAGAGAGAACCUGCUCGUCAAUACAAUGGGGAUCAUCGCGGUGGUGCUCGUAGUCUUGUUUGUUCAGAGUCAGGCCACAGAUUUUUAUCAACCGGAGCAGAUCCACAUGUCAUAUGGAGCUGACCCUACGCAGAUGACCUUCACUUGGGUGACCUUUGACAACACGUCGGUCGCCAUUGUUCAGUAUGGCGUCAAAUCGUUUGAAGACUAUACAGCCAAGGGUAUCAUUGAGAAGUUCGUGGAUGGGGGUGCGGCAAAGCGAGUGAUUUAUAUGUACAGGGUGAAUGCUACGAAGUUGACACCUGGACAAACAUACAGAUACCGUGUUGGGAGUCCUCUUGGAUGGAGCACCAUGUUCACAUUCACCGCCAUGAAGAGCGGCACCAACUGGAGCCCGAGGUUCGCCUUGUUUGGCGACAUGGGCAACAAAAACGCCCAGUCGAUGGCCAGGUUACAGACAGAGGCGGAGGAGGGGAACGUGGACUUUGCUAUACAUGCAGGUGACUUUGCCUACAACAUGGACGAUGACAAUGCAACCAUGGGGGACGAGUUUAUGCGCCAGAUACAACCGAUCGCCGCCAAUGUGCCUUACAUGACAUGCGUUGGAAAUCAUGAAUCUGCAUACAACUUCUCCAAUUACAAGUAUAGAUUCACCAUGCCCCGAGCUGGUGGCGAAGGCAGAGGGCUGUGGUAUAGUUUUGAUGUCGGGCCUAUUCAUUUCAUAGCAUGGGACACUGAGCUGUACUACUACACCAACUAUGGCAAGCAACAGAUUUAUAACCAGUACAAGUGGCUAGAGCAAGAUCUCAUAGAAGCUAACAGGAACCGCAAGGAAAGACCCUGGAUCAUCACAUUUGGGCAUCGUCCGAUGUACUGCAGCAACAGUAAAAAUGAUGACUUGGUGCAUUGCCAAAAUCCUGAAAAUAUUGUAAGAGUAGGUGACCCGACAGAAAAGCCAUCAUGGCCUAGUCCAGAGGACCUGUUCUACCAGUACGGUGUGGAUUUAGAAAUAGGAGCCCACGAGCACGACUAUGAGAGAAUGUGGCCUGUCUACAACAUGAGAGUGUGCAAUGGGAGCACAAAGUAUCCUUACACCAACCCGACAGCGCCAGUGCAUAUCCUCACGGGAUCGGCGGGUGCUUGGUCAGGCCUUGACCCCUUCUUCACCAUCCCCUGGCCGUGGAGUGCAGCGCGCGUAGAAGAUUAUGGUUACAAUAGAGUCCAGGUGGUGAAUUCGACACAUCUCUAUUUUGAGUAUGUCUCAGACGAUAAGGGAGGAAAAGUGGUUGAUACUGUAUGGUACAUCAAGGAGAAACAUGGUCCUGGUCUUUACACCUGCCACCUUGGUAUGGAUCAAGACUAUCAUGAGAAGACGGUGAACAAGUUUCAUGGUAUUCUGGACGACUUUAACAAAAAGCGCAAGGCCGAGCAGGAAGAGAACUCCAAGCAAAGUUGGCUCAUGAGGGUGUUGGGCAUGAAGUCAGUUGAACAACCAUUGGAACACGAGCGCCUCUAAGUCAUAGGAAAGAGGAGCUGCUUCAGCACAAAGAGUCAUUUCCUCUGCUAGAUAACAGCUGAACGUACGAGUAAACAGUAGUUGGUGUGUAUGUACUUAAUAAGACUGUUGGGGGGGGGGGGAUGGGUAAUAUAUGCAAUUUUGUAAAUAGAUAACGAACACGUUUUGACGUGUAUAAUGUGCAAAUUUGACGUCCGCUAU